AUGAAUUGUUUGUUAUUUCUGAGUUUAAGAGAAUCGAUUAAAGAUGGGAUAUUCAAAAAAGUAUUCCAUGAAAAUAUUAUUUCAAUUGAUGUUAGUGGAUCUUCUCAGCAAGAUAUAAAUGGCUCAAUGCAAGUAACAAAACCAGAAUACUCAAUUUAUCCAUGGGAUAAAGACUAUGAUUGGUGUUCGAAUUGCGGAAAAAGUUAUGAUGAACACCCUUACAUCUCCUAUUCUUUAAAAAACAAGAAAUUAAAAAUCAAAGGAUAUUUUGUACGUUCUGGCUGCUGCUACAUAGGAUGCUGCUGCGAAGAAUACGGAUAUUGUGCUAAAUGCUGCAUGUAUUCAUGGUCACUUCAGAUCUCAGACGACAACAAAACAUGGAAAGAAGUUCAUCGUGUUGAAAAAGAUUACGAUAUGCGUCGAUGCCGUGAGAAAACAUAUAACUUUGAUCAGGAAUACGAAUGCAAAUACGUUCGUCUUAUCCAGAACGAAGCAUGUCCAGGUGAUCCUCCAUGUCUUGCAAUCAACAAACUUGAUCUUCUUGGUGAUGUCAUUGCAGAAGGUGUUUCAGACAAAGAAGAAUUUGUUUCAUUCCAUGACGACGAUGAUGAUGUCAGCAUCAUUGGACACAUCUCUAAAAAUGGCAACAUUAAAAUUGUUUAA